CCACAGGAGGUGAUACCGUACCUACCGUAGUAGUGUUCCACGGUCUCACAUGCGAUGGCGAAGACACUCCGGGUGUGUCUACUGUGAAGAAAUUGGCCGCCAAUGGCAUGCGAGUGAUCUCGUACGAACGUCGUGCACACUCAAAGGAUAUACCACUACAGCGCUUAGCCGGUGAUAAACCAGUGUACUUCAACGUCUAUGGCCACUACGAAGACACUGUGGAGGUGCUACAGCACAUCAAGCGAACUGUUGGGCGCAGCGCGUCGGUGUUUGGGCUGGGCAUGUCAUCGGGAUGCACCACUCUCCUGAACUACCUUUGCCGUUCGAAGAAGGAUACCCUGCUGGACGGGGCAGUCAUGCUCUCUGGGGCCAUUAACAUCAUCGACGCACAAGAUGACGUACACGGCUUCUACGGCUACAUCUUCCUCAACAAGUGUCAAAGCUUUUUUCUGGGCAGCCACACGCAAGUACUACGCGAGGCGAAUCCAGAGGCCUAUCGUAAGUGUAUGGAAGCAAAGGAUGUGACUGGUUUUCUCGAGUGCACGUAUCCCUUCUCGGGGUUUGAUUCGUUCGAGGAGUAUCUGGCUGCCACAUCUCCGGUGCAUGGGUAU